AUGGUACCAUUUGCAAUUGCAUCAGAAACAGCUGGUUCUGUGACCUAUCCGGCUGCACGCUGUGGAGUGACAGCAUUGCGCCCAACAUUCGGCAGAGUUGGCCGAACUGGUGUUGUUCAUGUUCUUGCAUCAAAAGGUGUAAUUAUGAUCCCUUUCAAGCUAAACUACACAGUUGAUUCUGUUCAAGGCAUCCUAAAUUUUACAAUGGACGUGGAUAUGUCCUCUCAAUGGGAUUCCUUAUGGAUUGAAGUAUAUAAUGUCAGUUCCCACUACAAAACAACAUGGGGUUCUAAAAGUUUCAAAGACCAAGUUCUUGACAGUGAAGCCUGGGUGUUCAAGAGGUUAAAGUCUGCAGGAGCAGUUCUUGUUGCAAAGCUUGUAACUGGAUCACUAGCAUAUGAUGACAUCUGGUUUGGCGGUAGGGCAAGGAACCCGUGGAAUAUUGAGGAAUUCACCACGGGUUCGUCAUCAGGACCUGCUGCCUGCACCUCAGCAGGUAUGGUGCCAUUUGCAAUUGGAUCAGAAACCGUUGGUUCCAUGACUUUACCUGCUGCUCGUUGUGGCGUGGCAGCCUUGCGUCCAACCUUUGGCGCUGUUUGUCGAACUGGUUUCAUGAGCCUAUCAGAAAGCUUGGAUAAGCUUGGUCCUCUCUGUAGAAGUGCUGCAGAUUGUGCUGUUAUUUUGGAUGCUAUUAGAGGAAAGGACCCGGAUGACCUCUCAUCAAGAGACAUCCCCCUUGAGGAUCCUUUCUUGGUUGACAUAACAAAGCUUACUGUUGGAUAUGUUGACGACGCUGAGACGGAGGCAUCAACGGGAAAGCUAAUUCGAAAAGUACGGGACAAUUUUAUCGUUGAUGCCUUCAUUGGCAAUGCAGCUGAUUGGGAGAGAGUUUGUAUGGGAAACCUUGUAGGGAUGCCAGCUCUAGCAGUGGCAAUGGCAUACCAGUCUAUGACUGGUCAGUGA